UUGGUUGAUGGCGUCGUUGGUUAUUGUUGGAGAGAGUGAAGAUGUAUCAUUCACAAAACCACUUGGGAGAUUGUCUGUGUUUUACUAUGGAGUUGGGCAUAUGCUCAAUGACAUUACUGCUUCGUGUUGGUUCACUUACCUUCUCCUGUUCUUGACUCAGAUUGGUCUCUCCCCAAGGGAUGCUGCCAUCGUCAUGCUCUCUGGUCAAGUUGCUGAUGGUUUUGCUACUGUCUUCGUUGGUGAAUUGAUUGAUAGAUUUGGGCAUUUCAAAAUCUGGCAUACCGCAGGGUCCCUAUUAGUGGCUAUCUCAUUUUCAUCGGUUUUUGGCGGGUGUUUGCCUUGUACUAUCCUCCAUAGUAACUCUUUAACUCUAGAAACAUUAUCGUACAGCAUGUUUGCAGCUAUCUUCAAUAUAGGAUGGGCAGCUACGCAGGUUUCCCACAUGGCUAUGGUAAAUUACAUUACACUGAACUCAACAAGCAGAGUAGCACUAACAAGCUCCCGUAAUGCGUUUAGCAUGGUUGCUAAUUUAGCCUUAUACGCGAUUGCUUUAGUUGUAUUUGGUGUCAGCAAGGCUGAUACAAAAGAAAACACUGAAUCACAGUAUCGUUGGAUUGCUUAUUCAUGCAUUACCGUUGGCUGCUGCUUUGUGGUCGUAUUUCUUAUGGGGACAAAGGAACCACGGCUGCGUAUAACUCUAAGGGAAACUAACCGAGCAAGAAUACCAUGGGCCUAUUGGUUCCGUAAGAUUCUAUAUUAUCAAGUCGCUAUGGUUUAUCUCCUCACACGACUAGUCUUGAAUGUUUCACAGGCAUAUCUUGCAUUCUUUGUUAUUGAUGACUUGCAAAUGGCUCAAUCCGCUAAAGCUCUGAUUCCUGCAAUAAUCUAUAUCUGCAGCUUCGUUGUGUCGGUUAUGCUUCAGGAGAUUCCUUGGAAUGGGAAACGCCUCAAGGCUUAUUAUUGUGCUGGUGGUAUUAUAUGGAUGUUCUGUGGUGUAUCGGUCCUCUUUUUGCCAAGAAGUAUAAACUCUUUCAUGUAUGCAGUCUCUGUCUUUAUAGGCAUAGCAAAUGCAUUGAUUCUGGUGACGGCAAUUAGUAUGCAGAGUGUGUUGGUUGGUUCAGUACUUGGCGGAUGUGCUUUCGUUUGUGGGUCUUUAAGUUUCUUAGAUAAAAUGUCAUGUGGCAUUGCUUUAUAUGUUCUUCAGUCACACAAAAGUAAGUUUCUUCUUAUGUACCAAUAUUAUAUCAACUCGGAUAAAAUUGUUGAUGGACGUGUGAUUUGGAUGUAUUGUGCAGGCGGGACUUCACCAGAAGUUGUUGUUAACAGCACACACAGUUUUGACUUUUCGGUGACAAGAUAUGGAUUAGGACUUGUCCCAGCUGUAUGCUCUUUUAUUGGAGUCGUUGUCACGUAUUUUAUGGAACUUGAUGGCACAAUAGUAAAGCCUCUGUGCCAACCGUUGCUACUUGAGUGAACAGAAAGGAAAAAGUCCCUUUGGUGAAAUAAUUAAAAUAAUAAACACUCUGUUUCAGUUAGAGUCUUUUUAAUGUCUUUCUAGUUUAGAAAGUAUAAAUCCUUGUUGUUUUCUUCAUUGUUAGUUAACUUAUGGAUUUGGAUUGAGUCGUAUGACUUAAGGAGAAGAUCGUCUGGGUUAUGUCAGCGAUUACUCAGAUUCAAAUCCAAGAGUGUAAUUGCUGCUUCAUUAUAAUCAAAUAGUACUAUUCAAUAUUAUUGGAUUGAGUUUAGUUCUUUGAUUCGGAGAAGUUUGUAUAGCUAAAUUUUAUCGCAUCCUUGUAUGUUAUACAACUUAUGAAACAGAGCUCGAGAAAACAGUGUGUAACAUAAAACAAAUAGAUAAACCAAAGAAUUUUUUACAUCUAAAACACUUUAUCACAUUUCAAUUACACUACAACGCACUUAUCACUUGAGACACGCUUUCUUUUGUCAAAAAAAUUCUUAUGACCUUAAACUAAAGAUAA